UGGAAAUUUGCCAUGCAGAUUGUCUCCAGGCCCAUCAUCAUCAAGCUGCGACAGGAGGAGCUCACUCUGACCAACAUUAGGCAGUACUACUUUGUCUGCAGGAACUGGGAGCAGAAGUAUGAGGCCCUCUGCAACCUCGAUGGCAGCAUCACCAUUGGCCAGGCCAUGAUCUUCUGCCAGCCACAUCUCAUCUGCAAACAGGGAACCCGCCGGAGUGCAGGCUGGCUCUCGGUGAAGAUGAUGCAGGAUGGGCACCAAGUGGCCAUGCUGACAGCAGAGCUGUCCACCGUGCAGAGAACUGAUGUCAUCCAGAGGUUUCGUGAUGGCCAGGAGAAGGUUCUCAUCACCACCAAUGUCUGUGCGAGAGGUCAGUCCCAAAAGCACACGCUGAAGGGUGAAAAUCUGCUUGCUUCCCCUAUGAAAAUUCCUUUGCUCUGAGCCCUGUUGUGUGGAAAUCCCUUCACUUUGAACAAUUUUAAGCACUUAGGUUUCAUGCUUCAAGUUUCCAACCGUGCAGUGACAGGCAGAACUUUAUCAUGAAAGCUGAGGCUUUUGUCAAUAUGAUUCUGUGAAUUAGGAAAAAUCGACCACGAUGGGGACUCAAAGGCAAAAGGGACGAUAAAUGCAAGUUUAUCACAGAAGUGAUCACAAAA